AGCGCGCUCGCGAGGAUGGGCAGGGGGCGGGGAGACACAGAGCCCGCUUCACGCGCAAACCUGGAGCGUGACAGUGUCUCGUGCACCCGCCGCUGGGUGGGCAGCUCCGCCCAGCGCCUGAGGUACAGCCUGCGCCGCUUACCGCUCCGCACACCGACUCGGAUAGGCCGUGUAGCCAGCCGCGCUGAGGAAGGCUGUGUUAUCAGAAUGAUCUUUAAAUUCUGUCCAGAGUGUGGCCAGAAGAUAGAAGCUACUUUUAAUUUUUGCCCAUCUUGUGGUUUCAAGAUUCCUAGAGAAGAGACUGAGGAAGAAGUGCAGCCUGUUUCUGUGCAGUCAACAGCAUCUCCAGCUCAGACUGUGCCCAAUGCAGAGGCACCCAAAACAAAGCGCACUCCUGUGAAAAUAAUCCACCCCAAAAGGGAGUUAGCUUCUCCAAAGAAAAAACGAGAACUGGAAACAAGCUUUCAAAGUUCUCCUACAAAACUUUCACCUGCGUCGAGAAAUGUCAAAGGAAAGCGCCAGAAAAUCAAUCCAUUGGAACCAAUUCCAGAACAAACCGUCCUGACUGAUCAGAACAGUAAGAAAUGGAAGCUUGUUGAGCUCCUCACUCCAAGUGACAGUGAAUCUGGAUUGCUUUAUUCAGCACAACAAGGGGCUGGUCAUUCACAACCAUGCAAAUAUGUUGUUAAAGUGGAUGCAAAGGAUGGCAGAAUUUUUAACGAACAAAACUUUCUCCAACGUGCUGCAAAGCAAAGUAAAGUGGACAAAUGGCUGAAGUCUCAUAUGAUGAAAUUUCUGGGAAUACCGACAUGUGUUGGCUUUGGAUUCCAUGAAAAUAUUUACAGGUUUCUUGUAUUCCCAAAUUUGGGUAACAGUCUACAUUCAAUUCUUGAUAAAACUAAGAAACCCUUGUCUGAUAAAGCAAUACUUCAACUAUCUUACCGAAUGAUUGAUGUGCUUGAGUAUAUUCAUACAAAUGAAUAUGUACAUGCUGAUAUCAAGCCAGAAAAUAUUUAUGUGAAUCCAAAUGAUCUAGAACAGGUAAACCUAGCAAGUGACCACAGUUGGAGGAAAAAGUUGCUGAGUGGGUACUUGAAAAUCAUCAAAGUAGGAAGUGUGUUAGUCAUGAAGCCAUUCAAAUCCACACAAAAUGAGUCGAAAAAAGAUGGAAUUUCAGAUUUUAACGCUGGAUCGUGCACAAGUUUCAUGAGAAAGCAUGACUUAGUAUUUCAGCACAGAACUAAAAUUGCACAAAAGUUGCCUGCUGAACUAGAAAAGAUUUUCUAGUUUCACCAGUUUAUAAACAGAAAUCAGCAGAAGGAAAACUACAAGUUAUCGUGCAUUGGAAAUAUGGAUGAAACGACAAGCCAGAGAAUCAAACAGUGAAGCAAAAAGGAGAAAAAAAACAGUAUUGGUGAGAACCAUUGGCCAUGAGAAAAGUAGAUUUACUUUAUUUCAGUCUUGUAUGGCUGAUGGCAGUAAGUUAAAACCAAUGUCUGUUUUUGAGAGAAAUUUUGUCAAAGAAAAUGUCACCCAUGUGCAUCCACAAGGCUGGAUGAAUGUAGAAAAUGGAUGAAGGAAUUUUGGAAUUUAUGACCUGGUGGACUAUGCACAGAAAAGAUUUUGCUCAUAUGGGGCCAGUUUAGAUCACAUCUAAUGAAUGUUGUUGAUAACAUCUGAUCGCAUAACGUUGAAGAUAACAUUCUCGGCGGAGUUACUAGUGUUUUGCAACCAAUAGAUAUUGGUAUCAAUAAGCCAUUUAAGGACAUGAUGAGAAAGAAGUGGAAUAACUGGAUGCAUGAUGGAGAAAAAAAACAUACGCAAAAGGAGGCAGUUUGCGGAUUCUAUCACUACCACUGAUCUUUACAUUGUUGAUUCAUGGAAGGAAAUUAAAGCUGACCAUUUUCAAAUCAUUGAAGAAAUGUGAAAUUUGGAAUGCAUUGAACAGUACAGAGGCCAAUCAUCUAUGGGAUGAUUAUACAUGAAGAAGAAGAGAAUGCUGUGCUACCGUUAACUAUGGACAACAAGGAUGUAGAGGAUCCUGAUGAUUAUGAAGCUUUAUUCGGUAUUGUAGAUGUUAAACAGUGAUUUUGCACGAUUUUAAUGAACGUUUUUGUAUUUGACAUGUUUUAAGAUGUAACAUGU